AUGGGGGCGCGCGGAGGGUCGCCGCUGCCGCGGCUGCUGCUCCUGGCGGGGCUGAUGUCACGCGUGUGCGCCAAGACUCCGGAGGUGCAGGCGGUGGACACGCUGUCAGGUGAGGCGCCGGGACGCGAGGACGCGAACAACAUGGUGGACCGCCGGCCGUGCGGCCACCGGCCCAUGCCCUCGCGCAUCGUGGGCGGCGAGGACUCGGAGAUGGGGCGCUGGCCGUGGCAGGCCAGCCUGCGCCUGUGGGGCGUCCACGUGUGCGGGGGCAGCCUGCUGAACCGCCGCUGGGUGCUGACGGCCGCCCACUGCUUCGACAAGUCCAAUGACCCCUUUGAGUGGUCGGUGCAGCUGGGGGAGCUGACCUCCAUGCCUUCCUUCUGGAGCUUGCAUGCCUAUUACAAUCGUUACAACGUGGAGACUAUCUUCCCGAGCCCUAAGUACCCUGGGAUGUUUCCCUGGGACAUCGCCCUGAUCAGGCUUUCCUCCUCUGUCACCUACACCAACCACAUCCAGCCCAUCUGCCUCAUGGCCAACACACACAUGUUCGAGAACCGGACCGACUGCUGGGUGACUGGCUGGGGGAACAUCAAAGAGAACGAGCCUCUGCCAUCACCCUACACUCUCCAGGAAGUUCAAGUAUCCAUCAUCAACAACACCAUGUGCAAUCACCUGUUUGAACUGAAAGACUUCCGCAUGGAUAUCUGGGGGGACAUGGUGUGUGCGGGUGACCCUCAAGGCGGCAAGGACGCCUGCUUCGGUGACUCGGGAGGACCCCUGUCCUGUGACCAGGAUGGCCUGUGGUAUCAGGUUGGAGUGGUGAGCUGGGGCAUGGGCUGUGGCCGGCCCAACCGGCCUGGCAUCUACACCAAUGUCAGUCAGCACACCAGCUGGAUCCGAAACACCAUGUUACGCAACAGCGCCCCCGGACCAGGCUCCUGCGGCCAGCCUGAGCCCCAUUGGGCCUGUGCUAGCCAGAACCUUCUGCUGAGCAAAGCUCUGGUCCCCCAUUCCUAUGCCAAUAAACAUAUUGGAGUUGACUUGGAUCCAGAGCAUUCCUUGAACCCUGGUGGCCUCCAGCAGCCACCGCCGCCCAUCCAGCAGAGGGCGCCAGCGGCCAUUGCCGCCAGUCCAGCAGGGGGCGCCAGCGGCCACCGCCGCCCGUCCAGCAGGGGGCGCCAGCGGCCAUUGCCGCCCGUUCAGUAG